CCCCUUUACUUGCAUUUCGAAAUAUUGAUUUCUAUUCUUUGAUCCAAUUCAGUCUCCACCUCAUUCAUCCCAACAUGAAAGAAGUAUUCAACUUUGCCGGCCCAAGGGCGGAAAUCAGAGACUCGCCAAUCCCAGAGCCAAAUGAUGAUCAAGUCCUCAUUAAGGUCGUCGUUUCUGGCACAAAUCCCAAAGAUUGGAAAGCUCCAGACUUUGCAGCAACACUCACUGAAGGUCCAAUAUACGAACGUAUCAAAGGAAUGAAGGUUGGAACAAAUCAAGGUGAUGAUAUCGCUGGAAUUGUGGAGAAAGUUGGCGCCAAUGUUGUUGAGUUCAAGCUUGGGGAUCGAGUCGCUGCUUUUCAUGAGAUGAUGACCCCGCAUGGUUCAUUCGCUGAGUACGCUAUUGCCUGGAGUCAUACUACUUUUCAUAUUCCGCAUCACACUUCUUUUGAAGAAGCGGCAACAAUCCCCUUGACUGCUCUCACUUCAGCUUUAGCCUUAUACCGACACCUCGCCUUACCAUUUCCAUGGUUGCCAGCGACAUCUCCAAUUCCACUCGUUGUCUAUGGAGCAAGCGCUGCAGUUGGAGCAUUCGCAAUUAAACUUGCUCAAAACAGCAACAUCCAUCCCAUUAUUGCCAUCGCAGGCAAAGGUUCUCACUUCGUGGAAAGUAUCAUCGAUCGCAGCAAAGGAGAUACCAUCAUCGACUAUCGUGAUACCUUUGAAAGUGUCACCCAGAAGAUCCGAGAAGCUGUGAAGGCAAGUGGCAACCAAGAAGUCAAAUAUGCAAUCGAUGCAGCAAUCGUGCCGGAAAGCGCAAAAAUCCUGCGAGAGGUAGUUGCCCCUGAUGGACACAUCAACUUUAUAUUCCCCAAUGACUUUGAUGUCUCGCCUGCGAUGAAGUCUACAUCCUCUGUGGGUUCAGUUCACAAUCAAUACCGUACCGAGGAUACGAGGGAACUAGGAUAUAUUUUCUCAAGGUACCUUACUCGUGCUCUUCAGCAGGGCAGGCUUUCGGGACAUCCGUACGAAGUGAGGAAAGGUGGUUUGGAAGGCGUCGAACAAGCACUCAAAGAUUUGAAAGAAGGAAAGGCAAGCGCGGUCAAGUAUAUUGUUCGUAUUGCGGAUACUCCUGGACUGAAGUGAAUUCAGCGUACUUCAACAGUCUGAAUGAAUCAACUGCUUCUCAUCCAUCCACAAUAGUAAAUUCCACCACAUUCGAACCAGGCACUACCAGUUUUGGUCUUCCAUCAUUAUCAGCAGGCUUGACAACACUACCCCAAUGAAAACACGGUAGCGUUACCUCUGU